AGUGAGAACAGGGAAGUGGAGAGAACUGAGGCGGGGGGUGCCCCAAAAGGUAGGCAGAGACAGUGUACAGAGGAAAUCCCGGGGGCUGGGACACAGGCUGGGGGGAAGGUGGGUGGCAGUUAGAGGGAGGAGGGAGGGCCAGGAGGAGAGCAGCAGGCUGCAAGCCCCAGAUAACAUUCUGCCUAGUACAGCAGGGGUCAAUUUGGUCCACUUUGCCCAGUGACAAGAAGGAAAAAAACAAGUGGGCUGUAACUUAGAGAUCUUAAGACUCACAAGUGAGGGGUUGGUCUGGAGGUGGGAGGAGGGAGUGGCAAGUCAAGAAGAGACAGACUCAGGAGGGUGCAAGGAAGUCUCUUGGCUGGGCUGGAGGCACGGGAGGGUGGAGGGAAGCCUGCAGAUGGGAGCAUCAUCAGGGGUCCCGGCAAUUGAGAAGGAGCUCCUCCUGCCUCAGGGAAGGGCUCUGUCCACUCAGAGGCACCUUCAGCCCUUUCCCUCUCUCUGAGGCUCCAGCUAGAAGCUCAGCGUGCUUGCUGAGUAGGUGACACAGCCCCGGAACUGGUACCCCCGAGAGUCCCCUGCCUGUCUUCUCUCCACUCCCCAGCAUGGAGGAAGGGGGUGAUUUCGACAACUACUAUGGGGCGGACAACCAGUCCGAGUGCGAGUACACGGACUGGAAGUCCUCUGGGGCCCUCAUCCCUGCCAUCUACAUCCUGGUCUUCCUUCUGGGCACCACGGGCAACGGCCUGGUCCUCUGGACCGUGUUUCGGAGCAGCCGGGAGAAGAGGCGCUCGGCUGACAUCUUCAUCGCCAGCCUGGCAGUGGCUGACCUGACCUUCGUGGUGACCCUGCCACUGUGGGCCACCUACACCUACCAGGACUACCACUGGCCCUUUGGCACCUUCGCCUGCAAGCUGAGCAGCUACCUCAUCUUUGUCAACAUGUAUGCCAGUGUUUUCUGCCUCACCGGCCUCAGCUUUGACCGCUACCUGGCCAUCGUGAGGCCCGUAGCCAAUGCACGGCUGAGGUUGCGGGUCAGCGGGGCUGUGGCCACGGCUGUUCUGUGGGUGCUGGCCGCCCUCUUGGCCAUGCCGGUCAUGGUCUUCCGCUCCACCGACAACCUGGAGAACAACACCAAGGUGCAGUGCUACAUGGACUACUCCUUGGUGGCCACCUCGAGCUCAGAGUGGGCCUGGGAGGUGGGCCUGGGAGUCUCGUCCACUGCCGUGGGCUUCGUGGUGCCCUUCAUCAUCAUGCUGACCUGCUACUUCUUCAUCGCCCAAACCAUCGCCAGCCACUUCCGUAAGGAGCGCAUCGAGGGCUUGCGGAAGCGGCGCCGGCUGCUCAGUAUCAUCGUGGUGCUGGUGGUCACCUUCGCUCUGUGCUGGAUGCCUUACCACCUGGUGAAGACGCUCUACAUGCUGGGCAGCCUGGUGCACUGGCCCUGCGACUUCGACCUCUUCCUCAUGAACGUCUUCCCCUACUGCACCUGCAUCAGCUACGUCAACAGCUGCCUCAACCCCUUCCUCUACGCCUUCUUCGAUCCUCGCUUCCGCAAGACCUGCACCUCCAUGCUCUGCUGGGGCCACGGCAGGUGUAGGGGCACCUCCCACAGCAGCAGCGGGGAGAAGUCGGCUAGCUACUCCUCGGGGCACAGCCAGGGGCCCAGCCCCAACCUGGGGAAGGGCGGGGAGCAGGCGCAAGAGAAGUCCAUCCCCUACAGCCAGGAGACUCUUGUGGUUGACUAGGGCUGGGAUCCCGGAGCAGCCCGAGCUGUCUGCCCUGCCUCAGCCUUUGCCCUUGCUCUCUGAAAAUCAGGUAGAGUGACCGAGCCUUCCUUCUUGCCCUUCACUCCUUUGCUUUUUCCCUGCACCCCACCUCCAUCUGGCCCUUCUCUUACUAAGUUACACUCUUCCCAGAGGUUUGGGUUAUAGUGGAGGGAGACUGAACCUGCAGACUCAUGCUUAGUUCCUCUAAGACUGACCUCGCAUGCCCUCUUAACCUCUCUGAGCCUCAGUUUCUCCAUUUGUAAAAAGUGGAGGUAGUAAUACUGAUCUUAAAAUAUUGAUGUGGGAGUCCUUGGCUCCAUAAAAGUUAGCUUCCCUCCAUUCCUUUUCUUGGUCUCCACUAUUUUCUCUUUUUGGUUUUCCCUUACCUCUUCCUUUCUUUCUCUGCAAUCUUCACUCUCGGUCCCUACCUUCUGGCUCUGACCGCCUCUCCAUGAGCUUGUCCCCAUCCCUCAGUCUCUCCUACUCUCCUUAUUACUUCUUCCUUUUGAAGGCUUCUAAGGGUUAAGAACCCAGAAGCUUGUAAGCUCUUUAUUCUGUUCCCAGAGAGAGUUGGAGAAUGGACUGCAGCAGGUGUGGGCAGCGUGCCAGCUGGGAGCUCCAGAACUUUCCCUAAAAUUGGAUCAAUUUGGUGUCAUUUCAGACUGAGGGCUAGAGGAAUAUCCAGCUCCUUCCCAGAAAGGCUAAGAUGCCAGUUAGAUAUGCUUUCUGCAAAUUUCCUGGGACUCUUUCAUUUAUCCUCUGUAGGGAUUGGAAGGCAAUGGGGCUGAUGAAGCUAUGGGCUCCUUGGUUUCAUUGUAAGAAUGAGGAGUUGGGUAGGGAGAAGGAAAAGGAGAGAAAGUGAGCUAAAUGAUUGUCUGGGUUUAGUCUAUAUGCUGCUUGGUUCUCCUCCCCAAAUCCUGGUCCCUCUGAACCUCCUUCAGACUGCUAGCUGUGGGUCUAUCCACUGACUCCCCACCUCAACCCAACACCCUGGGCUGGUUUACUUGGGCAGUGGUGCCUCUUGGUACCAAGAGUCAUUUUGGUUGGGGUGGGGAUGCUUGCUCUUUGUGUGUAUAUAUAAGCAUGGCUAUUCAUAACCUGAAGAGCAAUGUACCUGUGUCACUUGGAUAAACCUUCUCCCACUCCUCACUCUCCACCUCAUCUCUCCUCUUUGCACAAUAUCCUUGAGGGAGAAGGGACAAAUAGGAUAAAACGGAGUCCACUCCCCACUGGAUUUGGGGGCUCUAACGGCUGGUCCGUGCAUUAAGACAGAAGUCUGUGUUUGCACCCGAGUUCCUACUGGGAGGUUUCUCGCAGCACAGUCUGGUGGCCAAGUCUUGGGGAAUUCCUAUGAGCUGGGUUCCUGUUCAUUCCGUAAUUCUAUGUGGGAAAUAAGAGGCUGGUUAAAAACUUCCCUGGCCCCUUUCCCUUGCCUCCCCACCUUGCUUUGAACUUAUGAGCAUUUCCUUACUCACUCUCCCUUUCCCAGGAUUGGUGGCCCUAUUCCUAAGGAGGCCAUGGGAUAAUAGGCACUGGGUGAGUUUGGGCUUACCGUUGGGGUGGGGCCCCUCGGCUUCUCCUGCUGAGUUGGGGGCUGGGAACAGGGGCUGGGCAGCAGUGGUGGGGCUGAUGGAUGACAUCCGUGCUGCCAGAGAAACCUUGAGGAAGAAACUGAUGUUGGACCCUUUGUGAGAUGGGGGCGGGGUGUAUAUUCCGGGUUUUGUUCUUGGAAGACUCUGGACACAAAGGACAAGACAAGAGCCACGGAGGCAGGAAGAGCCCAGCUUGAUGUGACCGUCCGUCCCUGGGAGAGCCAGGAAGAGAGGGGAAGGGGUUCCUCUCGGCAUAGUCUACCCCAUCACAGACUAGAAUCUUCCACAGACUCUCUUACUCUGCCCAGGGCUGUCCUCAAAAUAUCAGUUAGGGCAGGAGGAAGUUUCUAGAAGGGAAGAAAGUAACCCUCUGGGGCCCUCCUGGGUGACUUACAGAGACUUCCUGCCUGGAACUCGGGGGGGGGGGCGGCUGGGGAGAGAAGGUAGGGAACGCUGCCUGCUGGGACACUCCCUCGUCUCCCCACCUCCUGCCCCUUCUUCACCGUGUCUGUGCUAUUUUCUGACCCUGUUAGUCAUUGUGGUUCAUUAAAUAAAACUGUUUUAUCAAACUAUUGUGUCCAGAGCCUCCUCUCACAAAAGUCUAUUGGGAAAGGAAAGCACCCCCAGUUCGCAAAUGCCACAGCGGGGUGGUGGUGGGGUGAGAAUGGUUGGGGGGAGAAGUGGGAGCCAGAAGGAGGGAGUGAAGUGGGAAACUGGAAGAGAAGUGAGAGGGGGCGAGAAGGUGGAGGAAAUGGACACUGGGAAAGGGAACGGAUAGGGAGCCAAUUGAGGAGGGCAAAGGAAUAAAGGACUAAGGAGUGGCUGUUUUAUGUUCUGAAAAACCACAGAAUAAACCCCUGUGCUUGGAGUCCAGAGCACAGGCCUGGGGAAAAAUUCCAACAUUUUUCCCUUUGGGUAGACCUAUCAGUUUUAUCAUUCAUUCAUUACUUCAUUCGUUUGUUUCUUUGUUCAUUUAUCAUCCCCUAUUGAUUUAUUGAUUCAUUCAAGGCCCCUGGGUGGCACAAACAGUUUGCUUUUGGUACUAACCUAAGAAUUGGUGGUUUGAAUCCACCCAGUGGUGUCACGGAAGAAAGGCCUGGUAAUCUGCUUCUGUAAAGAUUAUAAUCAAGAAAACCUUGUGGGGCAAUUGUACUCUAACACAUGGGGUUGCCAUGAGUUGGAUCUGACUUGAGAGCAAUGGGUUUGGUUUGGGUAUUGAUUCAUUCAUUCAUUAAUUUAGUAUCGAGUGAGCACCCACCCAAUUUAGACCAGAAGUUCGAAUCCCUGCUCUUCCAUAACAGUCAUCCUGGAUGUUUUGAAAAAUUAAAAAAAAAAAAUACCCACUCCCGAUGUCAUUCCAGAAGUUUGGAAUGAGAACCCCCUGUUCUGGACCCAGAUAAUCUCCAUGACACAAGCCCCAUCCAAGGAUUUGUGGGAGAGGCUAAGUUUGGGAACAUCACUAUCCAGAUGGAUUCUGCCCAAAUGAAAAUGGGCACAAGAAACUAGAGGGUCAAAGCCAGAGAGAACUGGACCCUGAAUGGUGACCUCUUUGGAGCAGGAAGGGGCUGCAGUGACCCAUGGGUGGAAUAUGUUCAGUCCAGAGGUGUUUCCAUCUUCAAGAAAGACUAACACAUGCAGCUGGCACGAAGCAAUCACCUUAGCAGAACGAAUAUUAAUGAGAGAGCUAACG